GGAGGGCCAAAGAGAAAAUGCCAUCUCCGUUUCCGACGUUUUUCUGAUGGAGUUGAACCCAGAGCUCCGACAAAACCUUCUACAGCAACAGCAGCAUCCGAUGAUGUUGUCGGAAAAUUAUGCAAAAGCCAGAGACGGGUUUCCGUUUGAAACUCAAGUGACGUUCUCAAAGGGUAAUAGUUAUCUUCAGGAUUUUCAGCAUCUGGAUCAGUUUCAUGUUCAAGGUGGGUCGGCGUCGUCGUCGAACCCUGUUUUUGGGAUCCCUAAUGCGUUUUAUGACCCUUUUGAACCUGUGUCUUACGGGUGUUCGACGAAUUGUUUCAAUGAGAUGUUGGAGAAAAAGCCAUUUGGGGAUAGUUACAAUCGGGGGAAUGCUCAUGCUGUGGACAAUUUUCAGAGGAAUGAUCUUAAUACCUUUGAUUUUCAAGAAACAGGGGCCAUGAAUUUCGUUGUCUCGGAUGAGUUCUCCUCUGUGGGUGGUUGGAGCGACAAGAAAGCAGGAUUUAGCAAGAGCAGGACGCUAGGUGCGACGUUGCCUUCUUCCUCAAGGAACUUGAAAGGUCGGAGGAAGUCCAACUUGGUGAAGGGGCAAUGGACGGUCGAAGAAGACAAGCUGCUGAUUCAGCUGGUUGAUCAAUAUGGGUUAAGAAAAUGGUCCCAUAUUGCUCAAAUGUUGCCCGGGCGAAUAGGAAAACAAUGUAGAGAAAGAUGGCAUAACCACCUUAGGCCUGAUAUCAAGAAGGAUACAUGGAGUGAAGAGGAGGAUAAGGUACUAAUACAAGCGCAUGGAGAGAUAGGAAACAAAUGGGCAGAGAUAGCAAAGAGGCUUCCAGGAAGAACAGAAAACUCCAUUAAAAAUCACUGGAAUGCAACAAAGAGAAGGCAGUUUUCGAAGCGAAAGUGUCGAUCCAAGUACCCAAGAGGUUCCCUGUUGCAGGAAUACAUCAAGAGUUUGAAUUUGGACUCAGCCACCACACCAAGAAACCGUCAAGACAAAACUACUCCUUCACCUGCUACAGGGAGAACAUCCAAUCUUCAGACACAACAGGGUUUGGUGUUUUGUCCUGAUGAUCGUCUGGUACCAGAAUAUGACUUUAAUGAUGUCCCGGAUUUUAGUUUCGAUGAGAAACUGUUUCAAGAUCAGGAAUGCAGCAUUGAUUCUCUUCUUGAUGAUAUACAUAGUGCACCGGUGGAUAAAACCUUUGAGAUGGAUAUGACAAUGAUGGAGCCUGGAAUGGUGAAGAAGGAACUGGAUUUGGUGGAGAUGAUCUCUCAAACAAAUCUUUAAAGCCUCAUAGAGAUACAUAAUAAAGUCAUUUAAUAUAUAUACAAGGAAAGAUGAUGAGCUGCUGGACCCUUUAGGGUUUACAGGGUUUUUGCCAGCAAAGUUCAAUGAGUAUACAAUAUACCAGCUGAUCAUACAGCGUUGUUUUUUUGGUUCCUUUCUAAAAUUUACUUUCUUAAUUAGAGAUUACUAAUGAAUAAAGGCAAUGGUAAUCG